GCGACUGCGCAGAGGACACCACGGAUCCACGUUCAGCGGUACGUUCCUCGGCUCCGAGCAGCUCCGACUUCCGAGUCCGCUCCGGACUACUUCGGACGUCUGGACCGAUGAUCAAAAAUGACAUCCGACAAGUGAAGAUCUAACCUCUACCACGUUUUAUAUAUUUACACUGCAUUCUGUCGUGGUGCGACACCUCCCACUGGAGGCUACCAUGGACGACGAUGUGGCCGCGCUGCAGAAUCUGGAACAGCUUAUGACGGAGUUCUUCUGCACGGAGACGACGAACGAGAGGAAACGCACGAUAGAACGCAGCUUUCAGGAGUUCGCCGGACAGAUUGAUUCCUGGAAACCAUGUCUACACUUCUUGUCCUCCACGAGCAACCACUACGUCAGUAUGUUCGCUCUGUCCACUCUGGAGACGACCAUCAGCAGGCGAUGGCCCAUUCUUCCGUGGGAAGAUAGAGCUCUCACAAGAUCCACUUUGUACACCCUCUCGCUAGAGAGAGACGUCGCAUCUUUCGUGAGGAACAAAGUAGUGAAAUUGGUAGUGGAUAUAGCGAGACACGACUGGCCACAUUUCUAUCCAGAUUUUUACUCCAACAUUUUACAGUUACUAAGUCACAAACACACAAGACUGCUGGGACUCGUGUAUUUGAGAACAGCUUCAGAGGAACUAGCUACACCAAGGGAGGAUUUACCAAUGCACAGAAAAAGUGAACUGUUUAGGCUGUUAAGUGCACAAGUGCCUCUGACUUUGGAUACACUUAUGGUUCUUUUGAAAGAAACUACAAAAUUGCAAAGCCGUUCUGGAACUGUGACGCCACCUCCAUCACCUACCAGUGGACAAAGUCUUGCACCUGUACGAGCAAUGCUGGACGUCGAGGGAUUAGCGACCGGUACCAGUGAAGUCUGCACGGCUACACUUGAAGUUUUGGCGCAUCUGUUUAGCUGGAUAGACGUGCCGAGCAACGUAUCCACUAACUUAUUAGAUGCCAUAUUUUCAUGUGCCAAGUACCACGAUGCGAUGAAUGGCAAGCAGAUUGAGAUGGCCGUUCAAGCUUUGACUACAAUCAAUGAGCUUUUGUACAGACCGCUCUGCUCGCCCGACGCGACUGACACGUUGUUACUGGAGAUAUUUCAAAAUGGCAUUGGAUUAUUCCAGUUAAUGGAACGUUUAGACUCGGUAGAGGAGAGCUACUUGGAGAAAAUGACAGAGUUUUUGCAAUUAUUUAUAACAAAUCACAUGAAGAGGAUGGAGUCAAGCUCCAAGUUUCCAGUAAAUACGUUAUUGGAAGUAUUAUGCCAUCAUACAUUCCAGCAAGCGUCUACUGUAAACGGAUAUCUGCGUUGUCUAGACGUUUGGACCACUCUGUUGGAGAGCACUCAGUCGCGAUACUCUGCUGUCGCCUUAGCCCUCGCCGAACGGAUUUUACAAAAAAUGAGUUUUAAACUCAACGCUCGGGUGUUGAGAGAUCUCGACACGGAAAGCUUGGACGAAAAUGAAGAAACAGAGUGGCAGCAUUUUCUGAGAUGUAAUAUAGAAUGCUUAGCAAAGAUCGCUGACAUCUCACCUAUUCCAAUAUUUACGCUAUUGUAUCGUUCGUGGAGAGAGGGAUUAAUCGUUUUCGGUGAAUUAGGCGCGGCAGUCGCCAAUGGUCGAGUUAUUUUGUUAAAUGAUGCAGAGGCAUCAAAUGUACAUGCACAUCUGAGAGAUCUUGCGUCGACUACGCAAGCUUUAACUAGGCUGUAUUCUCUUUUUAUCGGAGAUCAAACAAAUGUCGAUCAAGGCUUAGCCGAGGAAGUUGUGUCACAAACUUUGGAAGCGUGUAUGUUUGCGAGAGAUAAUCAAUUGUACAAAGCGGCGAUUCAACCAGCCGCUAUAGUAAUAGAUCUCAUAGAAGUACAUUCACAGUUUUUGGCUGCUCUUCAAGCAUGGUGUCAUUGGAUAGCUAGAAGACCGGAGAAAGUUAAAGAAACGCUUUGUCAGCGUUGCAUCGAUUCAUGUAUUUGGGCAACGACGUACACCGCGUCAUGUGAUCAUCCACCUCCUUCCAAUCUCAUCCACUCUGCCAUUCAUCUUUUUCAAAGUAUCACCGCCAUUUUGAAACCCAUCUUGUGGGACCAACCGACUUUUAGGAAUCUCAUUUCUAUGGGCAUGUAUCCGUACUUGAAAUCAGAUACGAUCAAAGUUCUACGUAGGGCCUUGAUCAAUGGAAUUAUCUUACCACCGGGUGACGCAGCAACGAGGCAAAGAUUGUUAGGUACUAUGAUAUUAGCUCUGUCAGCACCUCUCGGAAUCCAAGGGCAACCAGUGCCUUCAGAAGCAACAAUUUCAAUUACAAUAAUGCCAUUGACUCAGCUAUUAGAAGAUUGUACAUCAUCGUCUACGACUAUAAAAAAGUUGUUGCACUCGUGUCUAGAAUCAAUCAUAAACAGGACAUUAGAAUUAUUGUCUUGUGUGAUAAGGUGCCAGAGUAUAUGCGAGUUGUUACUUGGCUUCCUACACUCAGCAUUUUCAGUAUUACAACAACAAUUGGGUCCUGAAUUUAUGCAAAACGCAGUUCAAGGCAUGCUGCAACUCUAUACCAGGGAAAAUAUUUCUGCUGGCCCUGCGUUAGAUCAGUUACUGGAAAUUUUAAUACUCGUCGUAUCAGCACCUAGUAAUGCAUUUAAGGCAUUUGUCCCUUCAGUAACGAAUUUAUGUUUGGGUCAAGUAUGGCCUGCUGUUGGAAACAACCUAAGUGCCCACCCGGAUACGACAUUAGUUUUAUUGAAACUCUUUCACAGUAUUCUUAUGCAUCGAUGGCAGUAUUUCUAUAAUACUUCGGUAUUGCGAACUCUCGGACAUCCUGAAGAAGACGAACCUGUCGAGCACAAAGAGGAAUUAGUAGCAAUUUUGGAGGCUUUUGGUCAAGCUCUGCUUCAGUCAGACGUCAAUAUAUUCCGACAGAGCUUGCAAAGCCUCGAACAGUUAAAUAUCAGAUGGCGACUUUAUCAACGGGCCGUAUUUAAGGUUCAUCUUCUGGAGAGAUUUCUGAUGGCGUUGUUCACAGUUUUAUUUCAACAGUCCCAUAACUUGUUAGCAGAUGAGAUAGCUGCAGCUAUUCAUAGUCUAGCAUCUGUUAACAUAGGGUGGUUUUUUGGCCAUUUUUUGCCAACGUUCUUGGCAACUUGUGAAGGUGUAGACGAUAUGCAGAGAGCCACCUUGUUAGGAAACUUUGACAAAUCUACAGACCAGCCAACUUUGACCAGAUCAGUACUCCAGCUCAUUUCAGAUUUAAGGUGUUACCAGCUGUGUAGACCGGGUUGAAGCGCGAAUUACGAUUUGAAAGGGAAUUUGCAAUGAAAUUAUUUCAUAAGACUUAUACAAUGGCAUUUAUAUGAAAUUGACAUUUCCACUGAAUUUCUCCUAAGAGUGCCUCUAGAUACAGAUACAAGACAUUACCCGUAUUGGAACGAAAAAAGACAAAACCUUUUGUAAACAUUUACCAUUCUGUGUAUACCACUGCCAUCAUCUUUUUGUGAUGUUGUAAAUGUUAUUAUUGCGAAUAAAACGCGUCUUUUUAUAUGUCUGUAA